CAACAACUUUGGCAUAGUCGUUUUAUCAUCGGGUCUCUAAGGAUCAAGCGAUCCAAAGACCGCCAACAUGCGUUUCGUUCUGUGCUGCACUUUGAUUGCGUUGGCUGCGCUCAGCGUAAAAGCUUUCGGUCACCACCCCGGCAAUCGAGAUACAGUCGAAGUCAAAAACCGAAAGUACAAUGCAGCUAGCAGUGAAAGCUCUUACCUCAACAAAGAUAAUGAUUCGAUAAGUGCCGGAGCGCGCCGUGCCAAGUCCGUAGAGCAGAGUCAGGAUAAAAGCAAAUAUACAUCUGGUCCAGAAGGCGUGUCAUACAGCGGAAGGUCUCAGAACUAUAAAGAUUCCAAGCAAGCUUAUGCCGAUUAUCACAGUGAUCCGAACGGCGGAUCUGCUUCUGCCGGACAAUCUCGCGACAGCAGCCUGAGAGAGAGAAAUGUAAAUUACGUCUCUGACGGUCAAGCAGUGGCCGCUUCCAGUGACGCUCGCGAUGAAAACCGAUCCGCCCAACAGAAUGCUCAGGCCAAUUGGAACGCUGACGGUUCUUACGGAGUUAGCGCUGAUCGAAGUGGUUCCGCUAGUUCUAGACGCCGCCAAGCCAAUUACUACUCCGAUAAAGACAUCACUGCUGCUUCUAAAGACGAUUCACGUGCAGAUUCUUCUAGGAGAAGCAAUGCCUAUUACAACAGAGAUAGUGACGGCUCAGAGUCCGCUGGAUUAAGUGACCGUAGUGCUUCUUCCUCGAAAAAUGAUAAUGUAUUUGUUUACCGCACUAAAGAUUCUAUUGGAGGACAAGCGAAAUCUUCAAGAUCAUCUCAUUCACAAGAGAGCGACGCUUAUUAUAACUCCAGUCCGGAUGGAAGCUACAACGCUGGUACGCGAGACAGUUCAAUUUCUAACAAAAAGAAGGCAAGCUCUACCAUCUACGCUGAUAAAGAUCAAAUACGCGCCGCGAAUGAUCGUUCUUCUUCGAAACAGUUAAAACAGAGCAGCGCUCAAAUCUCCUCCGGGCCAGAGGGCACCUCUGUAAGCAGUAAGGAUAGGCAAUACUCGAACGACAAACGCAGCAAAUCUGAUGCGUACGUCGGACGAGACGGCACCGUUGCUUACUCAAACAAGGACAGCGAAAAGACCUCACGACAAAGUAAUACGAACUAUGCCGACCAAAACUCCGUUCGCUCUGACUCUGCCGCUUCGGACCAGACCAGCAAGAGUUACGACAGGGGCUACAGUGAUAAAAAUAUAGUUGCCCAUAGCUCUGGUAGUAGGGGCAGUCAGAACCAGAAAUCGUCGAGUUACCGCGCUGACAAGGACGGUUUUUCCUCCAGUACAAAUACUGAAAAAUCCAGAUUUAGUUCUUCGAAUAACGUCGUAGAAACUUCAGAUGGAACUUCUGCUAGUCGCGAAUCAUCAGCGGAGGAUACCAAAUCAUCCAAUAGUAACGUUCAGAGCGAUGAAACAGGCGAAGAAGAGGAAUUGUUCGAUGUUGUAUCUUACCAGAAAAUUGAAGAUGGCAAGCCUGUAAUCAUAAUGAAAGUUAUACCAGUCGAGAAAUCCGCGUCCCAAUCAAGUUCUUCGCGGUCAUCUCAGGAGUCUGCAAGCUAUAGCAGCAGCAGCAGUUCAUCGAGUCCACGUCCACUCUCCAUAUGGACCGGUCCAGGCCGUGAUAUACCCUUCUUCAGAAGAAAAUACUCAGGCGCUCGCUCUGUUCCUAAGCCAAUACCAAUACCAAUUCAAUCAAAAGGUUCAACGGAACGACCACAGCCUACAGGGCACCGUUCAGCAGAAGAAUCCUCAUCCUCGAGCUCUAGGGCUGCUUCAUCAACCGACGCUUCUAGCAACACUGAUUCAAACUCAAACAGCGCGGGAUCCAGUACAUCUGGCGGUAGCAGCACUUAUGGAUACAGUUCCAACAGUCGUGAUGGAAGUGUAUCAUCCACCGGCAGUUCCAGUAACACUGAUUCAAACUCAAGCAACGCAGGAUCCAGUACAUCCGGCGGUAGCAGCACUUAUGGAUACAGUUCCAACAGUCGUGAUGGAAGUGUAUCGACCACCGGCAGUUCCAGUAACACUGAUUCGAAUUCAAACAGUGUAGAAACCAGGAAAUCCGGCGGUAGCAGCUCUCAUGAAGACAGUUCCAAGAGUCGUGAUGAAAAUGUAUCGACCACCGGCAGUUCCAGUAACACCGAUUCAAACUCAAACAGCGCAGGAUCCAGUACAUCUGGCGGUAGCAGCACUUAUGGAUACAGUUCCAACAGUCGUGAUGGAAGUGUAUCAUCCACCGGCAGUUCCAGUAACACCGAUUCAAACUCAAACAGCGCAGGAUCCAGUACUUCUGGCGGUAGCAGCACUUAUGGAUACAGCUCCAACAGUCGUGAUGGAAGUGUAUCAUCCACCGGCAGUUCCAGUAACACUGAUUCAAACUCAAACAGCGUAGGAUCCAGGAAAUCCGGCGGUAGCAGCUCUCAUGAAGACAGUUCCAAGAGUCGUGAUGAAACUGUAUCGACCACCGACAGUUCCAGUAACACUGAUUCAAAUUCAAACAGUGUAGAAACCAGGAAAUCCGGCGGUAGCAGCUCUCAUGAAGACAGUUCCAAGAGUCGUGAUGAAAAUGUAUCGACCACCGGCAGUUCCAGUAACACUGAUUCAAACUCAAACAGCGCAGGAUCCAGUACAUCUGGCGGUAGCAGCACUUAUGGAUACAGCUCUAACAGUCGUGAUGGAAGUGUAUCAUCCACCGGCAGUUCCAGUAACACUGAUUCAAACUCAAACAGCGCCGGAUCCAGUACAUCGGGCGGUAGCAGCACUUAUGGAUACAGUUCCAACAGUCAUGAUGGAAGUGUAUCAUCUACCGGCAGUUCCAGUAACACUGAUUCGAAUUCAAACAGCGUAGGAUCCAGGAAAUCCGACGGUAGCAGCUCUCAUGAAGACAGUUCCAAGAGUCGUGAUGAAAAUGUAUCGACCACCGGCAGUUCCAGUAACACUGAUUCAAACUCAAGCAGCGCAGGAUCCAGUACAUCCGGUGGUAGCAGCACUUAUGGAUACAGCUCCAACAGUGGUGAUGGAAGUGUAUCAUCCACCGGCAGUUCCAGUAACACUGAUUCAAACUCAAACAGCGCAGGAUCCAGUACAUCUGGCGGUAGCAGCACUUAUGGAUACAGCUCCAACAGUCGUGAUGGAAGUGUAUCAUCCACCGGCAGUUCCAGUAACACUGAUUCAAACUCAAACAGCGCAGGAUCCAGUACAUCUGGCGGUAGCAGCACUUAUGGAUACAGUUCCAACAGUCGUGAUGGAAGUGUAUCAUCCACUGGCAGUUCCAGUAACACUGAUUCAAACUCAAACAGCGCAGGAUCCAGUACAUCUGGCAGUAGCAACACUCAUGGUGCCAGCCACGGUUUGGCAUCAUCUGGCGGUAGUAUAGCAUCAGCAACUAGUACUCCUGACAUACUUACCAUAGCACUAAGUGAAGACUCUUCCGAGGUGGAUAUUGAUCUUGGCAAUUUAGGCUGGUGGUGGAAUUCAGACAAUAAGGCACAAAGAGCGGCAGGCGGCGCCACAAAGUCUGAAGCUUCAUCAUCCACUCAAGCUACUACAAUCAGUGGUGCAGACGGCAGUGCUGAUUCUUACACCUGGUGGUGGAAUCCUAGACGAUCAAGCAGCUCCUCUUCAUCAGCAAGUUCUAGCAGCUCUGGCUCCAAUGUUGGUGGUUCAUCUCAAUCCAGCGGUAGCAGCACUUCUGGAAGUAAUGCCCGCGUUCAUCAAGGAACCGUUUCGUCCACUGGCAGUACCAGUAACACCGAUUCAAGCUCAAAAAGUGCAGGAUCCCGUACAUCGGGCGGUAGCAGCACUUAUGGAUAUAGCUCCAGCCAUCGUGGUGGAAGCGUAUCAUCCACCGGCAGUUCCAGCAACACUGAUUCAAGCACAAAGAAUGCAGGAUCCAGUACAUCUGGCGGUAGCAGCACUUAUGGAUAUAGCUCUAGCCAUCGUGGUGGAAGUGUAUCAUCCACCGGCAGUUCCAGCAACACUGAUUCAAGCACAAAGAGUGCAGGAUCCAGUACAUCCGGCGGUAGCAGCACUUACGGAUAUAGCUCCAGGCAUCGUGGUGGACGCGUAUCAUCCACCGGCAGUUCCAGCACAACUGAUGCAAGCUCAAACAGCGUAGGAUCUAGUACAUCCGGCGGUAGCAGCACUUAUGGAUACAGUUCCAACAGUCGUGAUGGAAGUGUAUCAUCCACCGGCAGUUCCAGUAACACUGAUUCAAACUCAAACAGCGCGGGAUCCAGUACAUCCGGUGGUAGCAGCACUUAUGGAUACAGUUCCAACAGUCGUGAUGGAAGUGUAUCAUCCACCGGCAGUUCCAGUAACACUGAUUCAAACUCAAACAGCGCGGGAUCCAGUACAUCCGGUGGUAGCAGCACUUAUGGAUACAGUUCCAACAGUCGUGAUGGAAGUGUAUCAUCCACCGGCAGUUCCAGUAACACUGAUGCAAGCACAGACCUUACAGGAUCCAGUACAUCCGGCGGUAGCAGCACUUAUGGAUACAGUUCCGACAGUCGUGAUGGAAGUGUAUCAUCCACCGGCAGUUCCAGUAACACUGAUGCAAGCACAGACCUUACAGGAUCCAGUACAUCCGGCGGUAGCAGCACUUAUGGAUACAGUUCCGACAGUCGUGAUGGAAGUGUAUCAUCCACCGGCAGUUCCAGUAACACUGAUGCAAGCACAGACCUGGCAGGAUCCAGUACAUCCGGCGGUAGCAGCACUUAUGGAUACAGUUCCGACUGUGGUGAUGGAAGUGUAUCAUCCACCGGCAGUUCCAGUAACACUGAUGCAAGCACAGACCUUGCAGGAUCCAGUACAUCCGGCGGUAGCAGCACUUAUGGAUACAGUUCCGACAGUCGUGAUGGAAGUGUAUCAUCCACCGGCAGUUCCAGUAACACUGAUGCAAGCACAGACCUUGCAGGAUCCAGUACAUCGGGCGGUAGCAGCACUUAUGGAUACAGUUCCAACAGUCGUGAUGGAAGUGUAUCAUCCACCGGCAGUUCCAGUAACACUGAUGCAAGCACAGACCUUACAGGAUCCAGUACAUCCGGCGGUAGCAGCACUUAUGGAUAUAGCUCAAGCAAUCGUGAUGGAAGUGUAUCGGCCACUGGCAGUUCCAGUAACACUGAUGCAAGCACCACAGAAGAAUCCACCACGUCCGCUGGUAGCAGCACUGAAGGAUAUAGUUCCAGUAGCCAUGAUGGAAGCGUAACAUCCACCGACGGUUCCAGCACAAGUGGAGGAGCUUCUUCCAGCUCAGCGUCAACCGCCAAAAGCGACGCCGCGUCAUUAGAAGACGGUUUCUGGUGGUGGAAUAGAAGGAAAUUAGGACCCGAUCACAAAAGCGUUACCGUACAGUCAUCCACAACCGAUAAGACGAGCACCGACAGUGCCAGCAGCACUGAUUCCACCUCAAGCACGUCCGGGGCAAGCACAACCACUUCAGGCAGUUCUUCUACCUCGGGCGGUUCAAGUACAUCGGACGCUUCCUCCACUUCGUCUAGUGUUUCCAGGAGUCAUCAUUCAGGCGUGAACAGACUUUUACACAAGCCUGGUCAAGGAAAAAUAUGCCUUUGCUUCGAAAACAUAUUCGAUAUUCCUUACCAUCUCCGUAAGAAUAUCGGUGUUUAAUACAACUAAACACGACUUGGAGUAUUCCUUGUAGUGUUUAAGAUUUUAAAUCUUACUUAAUGACUUCGAACGAUUUUAACGAUAACUUUCUCUUUGUUUAACUUUAAUCAGCAUACAUAAAAAGCCCCGGUUUUGUACCGGGAAGAAAAAAAAUGUAAUUGUGUUGCCUAGAUAAUAAACGUAUUAUCAAAG